AUGGGUCGCUCUCUGAACUCGUUCUCGGCGUACGCGCGUCCGUACCUCAGCGCGAGCUCCCGUUACGCUUCCACGGGCUGCCCCUUCUCGAAGCGGCAGCGCUCCCAAAUAGCUCCCGCCGCCGCCCUAAAUGACGAGGUAUUCGCCAACGCGAAGCCCUACUCCGAAGUGCCCGGGCCGAAGCCGAUACCGCUCUUGGGGAAUACCUGGCGGAUGGUGCCGAUCAUCGGCCAGUUCGACAUAUCGGAGUUCGCGAAGGUGACGAAGAUGUUCCUCGAGCGGUACGGCAGGAUCGUGAGACUGGGCGGUCUGAUCGGCAGGCCCGAUCUUCUGUUCGUAUACGACGCGGACGAGAUCGAGAGGAUGUACAGGCGCGAGGGACCAACGCCCUUCAGGCCGGCCAUGCCCUGCCUGGUCAAAUACAAAUCGGAAGUGCGGAAAGAUUUCUUCGGAGAGCUCCCUGGCGUUGUAGGAGUACACGGCGAGCAAUGGCGCAAGUUCCGGUCGAAGGUACAACGGCCCAUACUUCAGCCGCAAACGGUAAAGAAGUACGUGGCCCCAAUCGAGCUGGUCACCGAAGACUUCAUCAGAUACAUGGAGGACGCUCGCGACGGGAAAGGCGAUCUCCCCCACGAGUUCGACAACGACAUUCAUCGGUGGUCACUGGAGUGUAUCGGCCGCGUAGCUUUAGACGUCAGGCUGGGCUGCCUUUCGUCGGACCUGACGAAAGAUUCCGAGCCGCAGCGCAUAAUUGACGCGGCAAAGUUCGCGCUUAGGAACGUUGCCGUGCUAGAACUGAAGGCGCCAUAUUGGCGAUACGUGCCCACGCCACUCUGGACUAAAUACGUGAAUAAUAUGAACUUCUUCAUUGACCUGUGCAGUCGCUACAUAAACGAGGCGCUGGAGCGCCUUAAAACCAAAAAAGUGACCUCGGAGAACGACCUCUCGCUCCUGGAGCGAGUGUUGCGCAGCGAAGGUGACCCCAAAAUCGCGACGAUCAUGGCUCUGGACCUCAUCCUCGUUGGGAUCGAUACGAUUUCAAUGGCGGUAUGUUCGAUCCUAUACCAAGCGGCAACAAGACUGGAGCAACAGGAGAAGAUGGCGGAGGAAAUAAGAAGAGUCCUACCCGAUCCUAGCCAACCUCUCACCUACUCGGAUUUGGACAAGCUUCAUUACACGAAGGCCUUUGUCAGAGAAGUUUUCAGGAUGUAUUCAACCGUCAUCGGCAAUGGGAGAACUCUGCAAGAAGAUGACGUCAUCUGUGGAUAUCAUAUUCCUAAGGGCGUCCAAGUGGUGUUCCCGACGAUAGUGACGGGCAACAUGGAGCAGUUCGUGUCCGAUCCGGAGGAGUUCAGGCCGGAGCGGUGGCUGGGGGGCGAGGGGAGGCUGCACUCGUUCGCCUCGCUGCCUUACGGCUUCGGGGCGAGGAUAUGCCUCGGCAGGCGAUUCGCCGACCUGGAGAUACAAGUCCUGCUGGCCAAGUUGCUGCGUCGCUACCGACUGGAAUAUCAUCACGAGCCUCUGGAGUAUGCCGUGACGUUCAUGUACGCGCCCGACGGUCCGCUACGCCUGAGAAUGUUGCCCCGA